AAAUCAAGGGAAUUUCAUUUAAAAUUCAGAUUCUCUUCUAAAAUUGACUUGAUUUUCUGAACUCUUCUUCGCCAAGAAACCUCUCUCUGUUUUCUUCGAUUCUGCAAUUCAGUUUGCGGGAAGCUAUUUCUUAAUUUCCUGGAAAUUCAAACCUAAAAUUUUCCAGCGGAACACACGAAAGCUUCCCGGUCUUAUCAUUAUUGUCAUUAUUACUAUUCUUCUUUUCUUUUCUUAUUAUUUUGGUUAGGGAGGGUUCUGUUUGGCUACUAUAAUGGGGCAACAACAAUCAAAGGACGAGUUGCUGUAUCAGCAAGUGAAUUACGGAAACAUUGAAGGGAUCAAAGCGCUCUGCCGAGAUGGUGCAGGUCUUGAGGUAUUUGAUUGUUGUCGUGCAGUGGAUAGAUAGAGAUGGGAAGACACCGCUGAUUUUGGUGUCUAUGAAUCCUCAGCACUUUGCUGUUGCCAAAACUUUGAUAGAACUUGGUGCUAAUGUCAACGCUUAUCGUCCCGGUCGUCAUGCUGGAACUCCUUUACAUCAUGCAGCAAAAAGAGGCCUUGAGAACACUGUAAAAUUGCUUCUUUCACAUGGAGCAAAUGCACUAGUGAUGAAUGAUGAUUGUCAAUCACCUCUUGAGGUUGCUAGGGCAAAAGGACACAUCAAUGUAGUGCGUGCCAUUGAGAAUCAUAUCUGCUUAUUCUCUGGUUGGAUGCGAGAAUUCUAUGGGUUAGGGUUUCUUGAAGUACUUGCUCCCCAGCUUCUGUCAAGAAAAGUAUGGGUUGUCAUUGUACCAAGUGGUUCCCGUAAUCCUACAAAGCCUUUCAAGUUGGAGCUUGCUAUAUAUUCUAACCAGCAGGAUGCCCAGCCACGAAUUGUAGUUGCAUUGUGGAAAGCCAAGAUAGAGGACCCAAAAAUGAACCAGCCUGAUCUUUCAGUGACAAUUAUUGAAAAUUCCUCAAUCCCAAGAGGCAGGAGGCGGAGGCGAAGCAUUUACACCUCCCACGCGAGGUGUAGGCCUCGAAUGGUUAGGCAGACACGCAUUAAACUUGCACCGGAAAAUGAAGGUGACAGGCAACAGUUUCAGUGGUUUUGCAAUGCAUGCAGAGGAAUUCCACAGGCAAAUCCAGCAUUCCUGAACUUCCAAACACCAGUUAUUCAAGGCACUGCACCACCGGAGAGUGAAGAUUUAGAGUUAGCAAUGGCAAUCAAUGCAUCUCUCCAGUCUGCAAUUCAUGAAAUGCCUCCUCUAGAUGCCCCUUCUAACUGUGAAGCAAGUGCAUCAAAUAGUUGGAAAAAUGCUGUGAAUAUAUGCAGUCAAAACAGACCAGGGACGUCUAGUGGCAUCGAGUGGCCAAAGCAUGAAUCUGGCUCUAGUGCCAUUGCAGCCCUGCAAACCCAGAUGGAGAGUAAUUUAGUUCCUGCCUCCCAGACAUCGAUCCAUGCCUCGGAGUCUGUCCCUUCAGCUCCACCGAUCACAGAUAAUGUUAGAGAUGAUGGGCCAAUUGAGUAUCCAUCAAUUGACUCAAGUCCUGUUGAUAUGCUUUCAACUGUCGAGAACUUACCUGCUUCUGAAAACAAAGGUGGAGAUUCUUCAACAUGUGUUGUAUGUUUGGAUGCUCCAUCUGAAGCGGCUUGUGUUCCCUGUGGUCAUGUGGCUGGAUGUAUUUCUUGUCUGAAUGAGAUUAAAGCCAAGAAAUGGGGCUGCCCUGUAUGUCGUGCAAAAAUUGAUCAAGUGGUAAAGUUGUAUCGUGUUUGAACGGUGGAACAGAAUUUUCUGAAGCCUGAAUGGGGAAAUGCUUGAAGAAAGAAUGGUACGUGAAGAGUGUAAUACUCUCCAUUUCUGUUGGUAGGUUUGAUGAAUGAUUGGGAUAUAUUUUGUAGUAUGAAAUUUGGUGUAAGUAGUUACUAGUCUUUUGCACUUGAAGAAGUUUGUUUAUUAUCAUUUCUAAAGAAUGAGACUGCAAAAUAGAAACUUCCAAAGGUUUCUGGCCGCAACAAGGGUGCUUCUCAGUUCAUGCUCAAUGGACAAAGGGACAAGGUAAUAUGUUGAAACAAAGCGAUAUGCAAGUUACGAAUCUAUAUAUCACUACUAUCUUGUGUAGAGAACCGAAUAAGUUUAAGUGUAAGUUAGUAAAUUUGAAUAAGGAUUAGGAAGCCUUGUGUUCUGCAACAUGGAAUUAUUAUUCUUUCAAGUUUGAAGUGUGAGAUGUGUUGUAUUGUACAGUUUGCUUCUGUAUAGUUGUUGGCAAAAGCAGGGGAACGGGUUGGGUUGAACACGUGUAAGAGAUAUUUAUUUGAAUAUAUUAGUGAUACAGCUUUUUAGAGAUAAAA